AUGAUAUCCAAAAAUUUACCAUUACUUUCUAUAAAAGAAGUUUCAAAACAUAAUCAACCAAAUGAUUGUUGGUGUACUUUAUAUCAACGUAAAAUCUAUAAUGUUACUCCAUUUUUAAAUGAACAUCCUGGUGGUGAUGAUAUUAUAUUACCUUAUGCUGGUAAAGACAUUACUUCAAUUAUGGCAGAUUUAGAUGUUCAUCAACAUUCAGAAAGUGCUUAUGAUAUUUUAGAUGAAAAUUAUUUAGUUGGAUAUUUAGCAACAGAAAUUGAAGAAGAAGAAUUAUUAAAUAAUAAAAAUAAAACACCAGUAGAAGUAAAAUUAACUAAUAAUGAUUUUGAUAUGUAUGAAUUUCAUGAAGAUUUACCAACAUUGGAAAAAUUAAGUAUACAAACUGAUUUUCAAGAAGAUGCUAAAAAGCAUAAAUUUUUAGAUUUAAAUAAACCAUUAUUAAUUCAAUUAUUAACUAGUGAUUUUUCAAAAGACUUUUAUUUAGAUCAAGUUCAUCGUCCAAGACAUUAUGGUAAAGGUUCUGCACCAUUAUUUGGCAAUUUCUUGGAACCAAUAAGUUUAACUCCAUGGUGGGUUGUUCCAUUAGUUUGGUUACCUCCAAAUCUUUAUAUUUUUUAUAUUGGAUUUGCAAAUCAACCAAUUUUAACAAGUUUAAGUCUUUGGAUUAUGGGUUUAUUUGUUUGGACAUUUGUUGAAUAUUGUUUACAUAGAUUUUUAUUUCAUUUAGAUUUUUAUUUACCUGAUCAUCCAUAUGCUUUAAGUUUACAUUUUUUAUUACAUGGAAUUCAUCAUUAUUUACCAAUGGAUGGUUAUAGAUUAGUUUUACCACCUACAUUAUUUAUAGUUUUAGCAUAUCCAUUUUAUAAAUUAGUUUUUGCAAUUUUUCCAUUUUAUAUGGCUUGUUCUGGAUUUGCUGGUGGUACUUUAGGUUAUAUAAUGUAUGAUAUAACUCAUUAUGUCUUACAUCAUACUAAAUUACCAAAAUUUUUACAGGAUUUAAAAACUUAUCAUUUAGAACAUCAUUAUAAAAAUUAUGAGAUGGGAUUUGGUGUUACACUGAAAUUUUGGGAUGUUAUAUUUGGAACUGAAAUUACAUCAACAUUUGAAAAAAGAAAUUAG